UUAAUCUGGCUAUGCACGAAGGGUGACUGUGCAAUAAGGGCAGGUAGAUGCCACUAAGGCCACGGACUCGCAGCAUGGUAGUUGCGUAUCACCCAAUAUUCAUACACAAAAAAUGCUGAUUUGUAAUCACAUGAUUUUGUAAAUCCAUUUUAGAUUAUCUGAAUUAGGCCCUGAAUGACCACCACUGCCUGGGGACUCAGCUCCUCACUCGGUACCUAGCUUGCCUGUACAGUAUUACAGAUGGGGGAGAGUUUUUUCUUACAUUUUGUUGAAACAUGGGGGAAAAAACAGUUUUUUUUUGGUCAAAGGCAGUAGUUGUAUAAGUCAUGUUAUGUGGGGGGAUGAGGCUACUGAGCUCCGACUGACACUAUUGGGAAGCAAAUUUUAACAUGAGCCUGCUGUAUAUACAGCAAUGUGUGUCAAAGGUUUGUACCUCCCGGAACGCCGUACAGCAGCCUUGGUUCCCAUAGUAACGGGGGGAGGUUUGUGCUGCGCUGCUCUUCUCCUGGCCGUGGUGGUGGCGACAUUGACAACGGGAGACGGCGGGUGCAGGGCAGAACGUUACGGCCAUAUAAUGUCUGCAAGCUCUAGAGGCCAGUCCAGAAACAAAAGCACUCCGUCUCCUUCAUCCUCUGCGUCUGGAAGCUCCGCCAGCGGUGGCCGUGCGAAACCAAGUGACAAGCUGAAUCCCAAGACUAUAGACCCAUUUGCUGAGCCACAGCGCUACCCGUCUGCCUUCGCUGCUAUAUACUCUAAAGGAGGAAUUCCUUGCAGGCUGGUCCAUGGUUCUGUAAAACACAAGUUGCAGUGGGAGCGUCCUCCAGAAUCCAUACCCUUUGACCCUCUUCUGAUCACUUUAGCUGAGGGUCUCCGAGAAACCAGGCAUCCUUAUACUUUUGUUUCUCAGGAGGGAUUUAAGGAAUUGCUGAUGGUUUCUGGGGCUGCUGAAAAAGCUUUGCCCAUCUUACCCAAACUGGCAGCAGCUUUGAAAAGUGCCCUGAUUCACGCUGAUGGUGGUGUAUUUGAAAGAGGUCUCAAUGGUUUAGUACAGUUAAGUGCUGUUGUGGGACCACCACUUAACAUUCACCUUAAGAAUCUACUAACCAGUCUUGCCAAAAGAUUGAUGGAUAAAAAAUAUAAAGAAGCAGUCACAACUGCUUUACAGAGCUUGGAACAGCAUGGGGGGAAGGAAAGCCUGGGGAUAAUCAAAUCAAAAAUUCCGACUUACUGCUCCAUAUACAGCUGAUAACCGCCCUAUACCUGUUAACAAACAUGGAUUUUACAAUAACGGGCUUAUUGUUGAGAUGAAGAUUUCAUACGGAGACAUGAACCUGGUCUUCACCCUAAACCAUGAUGGCGCCCCUCUCCAGACAACAUAACUUAUUCUUUAGCUUCUCAUUGUUUGAAACAAAUUGAUAUUUUCUGCAUAAUUAUUGGGAAAGGGACUUUGUUUGUGAUUAAAAUCACCAUUGCAAGUGCAUCACACUGCAAACGUCGUCAGCAGUAUACAGCAGUACCAAAGUAUAAGUAAUCGUGCCCUUCCGUGUGAGGGACAUAACAAUUGCAGUCAGUGGGUCCUCUGGCAUGUGGCAUUCUUUCAAUGGAUUUUUAAUUUCCCACUUCUAAAAUUAUAAUGUCUUCAUUACA